AAACGUACGUUCAAAACCUUCUCUCUCUCUUUCCCGAAUAUGAACUAAAUUAAACUCACCGUUUUGAAUUUUUCCCGGCGAUGUCAACGUCACAAACUCUCGGCGGUGCAACGCGUUGUGGCCGGAUCAUAGGUCCAUCAUUAGACAAGAUCAUAAAAAACGCAGCGUGGCGUAAACACACGUACCUCGUCUCCUCUUGUAAAUCCGUUCUCGACAAGCUCGAGUCUCUCCCCGACGACUUUCACGAUCCUUCCUCCGUCGUCUCCGGCCUCGCCGCCUCAGAUGCAGAUUCCGUUCUCCAACCUUUUCUCUUAUCUCUCGACACAGCUUAUUCGAAAGUCGUCGAGCCUUCUCUAGAUUGCGCUUUCAAGCUCUUCUCUCUCUCGAUCCUCCGGGGAGAGAUCCAAUCCUCUAAACAAGAUUCAAUCCUCUUCAAACUCGUCAACGCCGUCUCCAAGGUCGGUGCUAUAGCCGAGGAACCGAUUCAACUCGCUGUUCUCCGAGUUCUCCUCGCUGCUGUUAGAUCUCCAUGUGUUUUGAUCCGUGGUGAUUGCUUGUUACACGUUGUCAAGACUUGUUACAACAUCUACCUCGGUGGCUUGAGCGGCACGACACAGAUCUGUGCUAAAUCGGUGUUAGCUCAGAUGAUGCUCGUGAUCUUCACAAGAUCCGAGGAAGACUCGCUUGAUGUCUCUGUCAAAACCGUUUACGUCAACGAGCUGUUAACCUUCACGGACAAGAGUGUUAAUGAAGGAAGCUUUGUUUAUUUCUGUCAAGGGUUUGUGAAUGAAGUCAUGGCUGCAGGACAAGGAAGUCCUCUUCCUCCUCCUGAUGUGAUUGAGAUUCUGUUGGCAAAUCCGGAGACUGAAACCGUUAUGACUCCGGAUUCGCCGUCGUUUCGAGGCUACGUAGCAAACGGAGAAGGUGACUCAGAGACCGGUGACAUGAGUAAGAUGAGACAGGACGCUUUUCUUCUGUUCAAGAACUUGUGUAAAUUGUCUAUGAGGUUUUCGUCUAAGGAGAACAAUGAUGAUCAGAUCAUGGUGAGGGGUAAGACUUUGUCAUUGGAGUUGCUUAAAGUCAUUAUUGACAAUGGUGGUUCUGUUUGGCGCUCUAAUGACAGCUUCAUCAAUGCCGUUAAGCAAUACUUAUGCUUAUCACUACUGAAGAACAGUGCGGUGUCAAUCAUGUCGAUAUUUCAACUGCAGUGUUCUAUCUUCAUGAGCUUGUUAUCAAAGCUUAGAUCAGUCUUGAAAGCUGAAAUAGGCAUUUUCUUUCCGAUGAUUGUUCUUCGAGUGCUUGAGAAUGUUCUUCAGCCUAGUUACUUGCAGAAGAUGACUGUUCUCAACUUGUUAGAUAAAAUGUCACAAGAUCCGCAGUUGAUUGUUGAUAUCUUUGUGAACUACGACUGCGAUGUGGAUUCUGCCAACAUACUUGAAAGGAUUGUCAACGGUCUUCUCAAAACUGCUCUAGGACCACCGACUGGAUCAUCAACAACGUUGUCCCCAGCGCAAGAUAGUACUUUCAGGAAUGAUUCUGUCAAGUGUUUGGUUAACAUAGCAAAGGCAAUGGGGAAUUGGAUGGACCAGCAGUUGAAAGUGAAUGAGACUGUUUGGCCUAAAGGCUCACAAGUUUAUGCUUCUAUGGACAGUAAUGCAGGUCAAAUUGGUGAAUUAGAAGGAACUAUAUCUGACUGUGACUCACAGCCAGAUACUACUAAUCCAGAAGCUUAUGAUGCUUCUAUGCUUCAGCAACGAAGGGCUUACAAAAUUGAACUGCAGAAAGGUAUCUCUUUGUUCAAUAGGAAACCAUCGAAAGGUAUCGAAUUUCUGAUAAGCAGCAAGAAAAUAGGCAGUUCACCUGAGGAAGUAGCUUCCUUUCUGAUGAAGACAGCAGGGUUAAAUGGAACUGUGAUUGGUGAUUACCUUGGUGAAAGAGAUGAACUUCCUCUCAAAGUAAUGCAUGCAUAUGUGGACUCGUGUAAUUUCGAAAAGAAGGAUUUUGUUGAAGCAAUAAGGUUCUUUCUACGCGGCUUUAGGCUACCGGGAGAAGCUCAAAAGAUUGACCGAAUCAUGGAGAAGUUUGCAGAACACUACUGGAAAUGCAACCCUGGUUCUUUUACUAGUGCAGACACUGCU